GCAGAGGCAGCAGUAGCAGCCGGUCGUGGGGAGGAGGUGGCGGCGGCCAGGCGGCCUCUGCUGCCGGUGCUGGAGGCGGUGGGUGCUGCGGCCAGCCCCGUGUCCCGGAGCUGAGAAAAGCUGCUGCUGCUGGGAGCCUAGCCGUGCGGAUAUGUUUCACACUCUGUGCUGGCUGUCUGUACUUACAGAAGAUAUUUAAAAACAAACAUUUUUGUCAAAGAUUUUGAUUCCAGUGGAAUCUGUGCUUUAGAUUUUGUCUUGUGAAUUAACUUCUGAAACAAUGCCUGUACAAGCUCCACAAUGGACGGAUUUUCUCUCCUGCCCAAUUUGCACACAAACUUUUGAUGAAACGAUCCGGAAGCCCAUCAGCUUGGGCUGCGGCCACACUGUCUGCAAGAUGUGCCUCAACAAGCUCCACCGUAAGGCAUGCCCUUUCGACCAGACCACUAUCAAUACAGAUAUUGAUCUCCUCCCUGUGAACUCAGCCUUGUUGCAGCUAGUGGGUGCUCAGGUUCCUGAGCAGCAGCCAAUUACUUUGUGCAGUGGAGCAGAAGACACCAAACAUUAUGAGGAGGCCAAGAAAUGUGUGGAAGAACUAGCAUUGUACCUCAAACCACUCAGCAAUGCGAGAGGUGUGGGUCUGAACAGUACCACUCAGAGUGUGCUAAGUCGCCCCAUGCAGAGGAAGCUUGUAACGCUAGUUCACUGCCAGCUAGUAGAGGAAGAAGGGCGGAUCAGGGCCAUGCGUGCAGCACGGUCACUGGGUGAAAGAACAGUCACAGAGCUCAUUCUUCAACAUCAAAAUCCCCAGCAACUCUCUUCCAACCUCUGGGCUGCAGUGAGGGCCAGGGGCUGCCAGUUCCUUGGGCCAGCAAUGCAAGAGGAAGCACUGAAGCUGGUUCUGCUGGCUCUGGAAGAUGGAUCUGCUUUGUCACGAAAGGUCUUGGUUCUCUUUGUGGUGCAGAGAUUGGAGCCACGAUUUCCUCAAGCUUCUAAAACCAGCAUUGGGCAUGUUGUCCAGCUUCUUUACAGAGCCUCCUGCUUCAAGGUGACUAAACGUGAUGAGGACUCCUCCCUGAUGCAGUUGAAGGAGGAGUUCCGUACCUAUGAAGCUCUGCGAAGGGAACAUGAUUCCCAGAUUGUGCAGAUUGCCAUGGAAGCAGGUUUACGCAUUGCACCGGAUCAGUGGUCCUCGCUGCUAUACGGAGAUCAGUCCCACAAAUCCCACAUGCAGUCCAUCAUUGACAAGUUGCAGACCCCAGCCUCAUUUGCACAGAGUGUUCAAGAACUAACCAUUGCUCUCCAGAGGACUGGAGACCCAGCCAACCUGAACCGGCUUCGACCUCACCUAGAGCUCUUGGCAAAUAUUGACCCUAGUCCAGAUGCCCCACCCCCAACAUGGGAACAACUAGAAAAUGGAUUAGUUGCUGUGAGGACAGUGGUACAUGGACUAGUUGAUUACAUCCAGAAUCACAGCAAGAAAGGAACAGAUCAGCAGCAGCCUCCUCAACACAGCAAGUAUAAGACAUACAUGUGCCGAGACAUGAAGCAGAGAGGAGGGUGUCCUCGUGGAGCCAGCUGCACCUUCGCACAUUCGCAGGAGGAAUUAGAAAAAUUUCGUAAAAUGAACAAACGCCUGGUUCCCAGAAGACCCCUGAGUGCCUCCUUGGGCCAGCUAAAUGAGGUGGGCCUGCCUUCAGCAGCUAUCCUCUCGGAUGAAGGGGCAGUGGACUUGCCCAGUAGAAAAUCCUCUGCCUUGCCGAAUGGGAUUGUGUCUACGGGCAGCACAGUGACGCAGCUUAUCUCCCGAGGGACCGACUCCGGCUAUGAUUCUGCUCUGAAGCCAGGGAAGAUCGACCACCUUAGCAGCAGUGCCCCUGGAUCCCCUCCUGACUUGCUGGAGUCUGUCCCCAAGAGCUCUAUUUCUGCCUUACCAGUGAACCCCCACCCUGUGCCCCCGAGAGGACCUACAGACCUGCCUCCAAUGUCCAAGCAACUCCAAAUGGUACCACGAGGGUCACAGUUGUAUCCUGCUCAACAGGGAGAUGUGUUUUAUCAGGAUCCUAGAGGAUCUGCCCCACCAUUUGAGCCAUCACCUUAUCCACAAGGUGUGUACUAUCCUCCUCAGUCCUCACAGUGCAUGUCUCGUUUUGUCCGACCUCCACCAUCUGCUCCUGAACCUGGUGGUCCUUACUUAGACCAUUACCCACCCUACCUUCAGGAUCGUAUGGUGAAUUCGCAGUACGGCACACAGCCACAGCAGUAUCCUCCCAUGGGACAACCUAUGUACCAACAUUAUGAGAGCCGGCGUGUGUACCCCUCUGCCCAACCAUACCAGCGGGAAGAGAUUGUCCGAGGAAGUCCUGUGCCCAUUGACAUUCCACAUGGAGCUGCACCUCCCUACGUACCUGAAUCCAGAGACCGAUACCAGCAAAUGGAGGGUUAUUAUCCCGUGGGUCCACAUCUCAAUCAGAUCAGACCAUACCACAGAGAGCCUUAUAACCGACUUCCGCCUCCAUCUCAAACCCAUCCCAGCCUGGAUGAGCUUCAUCGUCGAAGGAAGGAAAUCAUGGCCCAGUUAGAAGAAAGGAAGGUGAUCUCCCCACCUCCCUUUGCACCGUCACCAACUUUGACUCACCCCUUCCACCCAGAGGAGUACUCGGAUGAAGACCUGAAGGUAGCUGGGAAAUACAAAGGAAAUGAUUAUAGCCAGUACUCUCCUUGGUCGUGUGACACCAUUGGCUCCUACAUUGGAACCAAAGAUGCAAAACCCAAAGAUGUUGUGGCAGCAGGGAGUGUAGAGAUGGCGAACAUAGAUAGUAAAGGCAUGCGUGACCAGCGGUUGGACUUACAGAGAAGGGCAGCAGAAGCUGGGGACGAUGACCUCAUCCCAUUUGGUGACCGGCCAACUGUGUCAAGGUUUGGGGCCAUCUCGCGUACUUCCAAAACAAUGUACCAGAGUUCUGGCCCCAUGCAGGCCAUGGCGGUACAGGGAGCUUCCACCAAAUCUAUCAACAUUUCAGAUUACAGUCCGUAUGGAACUCAUGGCGGCUGGGGAGCUUCUCCAUAUUCACCCCAUCAAAACAUACCUUCUCAGGGACGCUUCAGUGACAGGGAGAGAUUGUCCAUGUCAGAUGUGGCCAGUCACGGGAAACCCUUGCCGUCAGCUGAGAGGGAGCAGCAGCUCAGGCUGGAACUGCAGCAACUAAACCAUCAGAUCAGCCAGCAGACGCAGUUACGAGGACUGGAGGCUGUUAAUAACAGGCUGCUGUUGCAGAGGGAGGCGACCACCCUGGCAGGCCAGCCACAGCCGCCACCUCAUAAAUGGCCUGCAAUGAUCUCAAGUGAACAGCUGAGUAUGGAACUGCACCAGGUGGAAAGGGAAAUCGGGAAGAGAACCCGUGAGCUGAGCAUGGAGACCCAGUCUUCACUGGACAUGAAAAGCAACCUGGGCACCAAUAAACAGACAGAAAAUGGACAACUAGAACCACAAAGCAAGGUUCCAGCUGAGGACCUCACACUGACGUUCAGUGAUGUUCCAAAUGGAUCAGUCUUGACGCAAGAGAACAUCAGCCUCCUGUCAAACAAGACCACAUCUCUGAACCUGUCAGAGGACCCAGAGGGGGGAGGAGACCAUCAGGACUCCCAGAGAACAGGAGUUGCACCCACCUCUUCUCCAUGAAGUGAGGAAAGCAUCCCCCCAGAGUUUCUAUUGGGGAGGAGGAGUUGGUAGCUUCCAUCACGCUUCCCUCUAAAGGUGGUCAGAGAAAUGCAGGAGCAGCAGCAGCAGGAGGUCCGGAGGCAAUGUGCACAAACACCACUACUAGAAACAAACCCUGCACAUAGUUCACAUUAAUGCGUUUUUUAAUUAAAAAAAAAUUAGCAGUAUCUGCAAGCAAUUCAGAUUAAAUUUGUUUUUGUUCUGUGAAUGAACUUUAUUUUAAUAACUUCGGACGCCUUGGAUCCAGGGCUUUAAAAAAAAGAUAUUAUAUAUAUAUACUCUGUUUGAUUAAUUGUAUGAUCUUAAUGAAGUAGGUUUUUUCUUUUACUUUGGUAUUAUUACAUACCCAGUGUAUAAUUCCUUACCACCUCCACUCCCUUUCACCUCAGAACAACGUUGGCCGCCUCCUUGUAUGAAUUUAAAGGUGAAUGAGGGACAUAGGAUGGAGGGAGGCUAUGAAUUGCAGUGUCAGAAAACAUGCAGCAAACAUCAGUAGGUUUUUAAAAUGAAUUUCUUGUAACUAGGAGUUCUCUUCAACGCCUACAAUACCUUUCUACUUAUACCCAUUGGCUUUUAGCCACAGUUGAUGCAAUCGUCUCAGCUCAGUGAAAGCAUUCCAUAAUAUUCAUCCCACUGCAG